UGUUGUCGUCACAUCGCCGUUGCUGCUGCUCUGAAGUUGUGCUGGAAGUUUCACCUCCCAUGUCUGUCCGAUGAUCUCCGUCCUUUUAGGAAGUUUGCGAGUGAGAUGAGCGAACAGACGGUCCCUGCGGACUUACCGGAACACAUGUUGGACCUGGACGAGGACGACGACCUGGAGGUUUUCAGCAAGAACACGUCCCUGGUGGACGGGAACCCUGUGCCCAACUCUCCCGGCUCCAUGGUCAACCAGUACAGACUGGAGGAGGAUGACGAGCAGCAGCACGAUGCCAACGCCAAGGACCUCUUCAUCACCGUCGACAACCCAGAGAGCCACGUCACUGCCAUCGAGACCUACAUCUUGUACAGUGUCGUAACCAAGACCACGCGGAGCGAGUUCGACUCCUGCGAGUACGAGGUACGCCGGCGCUACCAGGACUUCCUCUGGCUCCGAAGCAAACUGGAGGAGAACCACCCGACGCUCAUCAUCCACCCGCUGCCUGAGAAGUUUGUGAUGAAGGGCAUGAUGGAUCGCUUCAACAGUGAUUUCGUCGAGUCCAGGAGGAAAUCUCUGCACCACUUCCUCGUCAAGAUUUCUGAGCACCCCAUCCUGUCCUACAGCGAGCACCUCAAAGUCUUCCUCACUGCACAGGAUCUGACACCCCACAAGAGGCAGGGUACGAGCUUCCUGAGCUGGAUGGGGGAGACCAUGAGGUCGGUGGCCAACUCGGUGCGAGGACUGAGGAGCCGACCGGAGGAGGUCGUUCGCAUGCAGGAGUACGUGGAAGACUUCAGCAGCAAAAUCAGCUGCGUGGACAAAGUCGCCCAGAGGAUCAUUAAAGAGCAGAGAGAGUAUCUGGAGGAACUCAAGCAGUACGGCCCCAUCUACGCGCAGUGGGCCGGGCUGGAGGAGGACCUGGCCGACCCGCUCAGGGGUGUGGCCGGCUGCGUUGAACAGUGCCGCAAAGAAUCCGAGGAGCAGAUCCAGCAUCUGUCGGGGGAGCUGGUUCCGGUCCUGCACGAGUACGUCCUGUGUGCUGAGACACUGAAGGCGGUGCUGAGACGUAGAGACAACAUCCAGGCAGAGUUUGAAGCCAAGGAUGAGAUUCUAGCAACCAAAAAAGUUGACCAAGAAGCAAUGCGGGACGAGGUGGAUGCUCUGGCCGACCGGGUGGAGCUAGCCAACAAUGCCCUGAAAGGGGACUGGUCCCACUGGAAGAACAGCAUGAGAGCGGACCUCAAAUCAGCCUUUAUUUCCACUGCUGAGAAGAACGUGGACUACUAUGAGAAGUGUCUCGCCGUGUGGGAGGCGUUCCUCCUGACGCAGAAAGCGGACGGCGGCGAGCGGAGGGAGGACGUCUAGCGCGGAGACGAUGAAAGGAUGGACGCACGGCCCUCCCUCCCACCGUCGCCCCACCACAACCUCCACGUACGGACUCUGGACCAGAGUCCACGAGGUCUGUCUGUGUUCAAAACAAGCGCACCCUUUCUCAGUUCCAUCGUUCCAGCGAUGAUCGGACGUCACCAACGCCUCCACUGGGAUCCAAACGCUCACUCAUUAGUGUUUACAGGCCUUUAAUGUAAGUGCGCCAAACGUUGAACAGCUGUGUGUCUCAUUUCUCAGUGCCUUUAUAUUCUUUAGCUUUGGUUGAAGGGGGGUUAAUCAGGUUAAAACGCAUCCAAACAAAACUUAAAGUCAUUCUCACAAGUAGGUAUUUUAAAAUCAGCAUCAUCCCCUCAUACUUCAUAACGUGGACCAUAGAAUUGAUGCUUAACACACGACCACUGAUCCAUCGCGCUUGUUUUACAUUCUUUGUUCCCGUUUCUAAAGCUUUAACAAGAUGCAAAUCUUCAGCUUUAAGACUUUAUUUCAUUAUUUGCCUUUCGUGCAGCAUGGAAGUACUCGAUCAGUUCAAAUAGAAACGCAUGGAUGAAUAACGGAAGGCUGUUUUCUGAGGGCUGGGUGGAGUUUUAAGCUAAGAUCAUUACACUACACUCAUUGGUCUGUUGGUCCAAUGUGACGUUAGAACCAUGGUUCUGUAUGUGAGCACCAACCCAUGAAUGAUUAUACCUCUUCCCCAUCCAACUAAAUUAUUAGACUUUUUUAACUGUGCCUUUAUCUCAAUGCAGUGUUGGUUUGUUUGUCAGUUUCCUACAGCAACUGUAUUGACCAAACAAGUUAACGUAUGCCAAUGAGAUUACUAUUUUAAUUUUAGGCUAACAUUAUAAAUUCCACACAGUCCUAAUGAUUUGCUAUUUUUGAAGUUUAGUGUGCCAAUGGAGAAUAAUGCAUUACAAUAUUUUAUAUUGAUAUAAUUUUUUUUUGCUGAGCUCCCUGUUUUUUUGCCCUUUUUAUUAUCAAAUGUGUAAAGAUUUUGUAAUAAUUUUUGAAGUGUUGUUAUAAUAAUAAUGAAAGUGUAAAAUAAAUAAAGACUUUCAGUGAUGAAGUGAAACACAUAAA